CUCGAGCGACUGAUGCCAUCUCUCUCCUCGCUAGCCAUAAUUAUGAAGGAUAGCAAGACUUGGGACCUCGUUUGGACUGAUAUAUUUCCACAUUUGGAUUCAACUGGGGAAAGAAUGGUGAUUCCACAAAUUGAAGAAUUAAGUAUAUCAAUGGUGGAGGACUGUGACGCUGCAAAGAUUCAUAGAAUUCAAGCCAUUUUUCCAAAGUUAAAAAAGUUUUGCCACUUUGGCGAGGCUGAAAAUCCAGAACUGCUCCCUGCCGUGAGAUUUAUCCCUGAUCCGGAUAGAGAUCCUCAGAUUUUAUUUGUCUGCCGACAUGAUAAACAUUGUCGGCCAAGGAGGGACUGGUGGUUGGACAAGAAGCAUGCGAAAAGAUUCUGUUUUUAUGACUAUUUUGCAAAUUUUGAAAACGAUUUAGGUUACGAUGUUUAAACAAUUUAAGUUUUACUUGUGCAUAUGUACAAGGUCGAUGUUAAUAGUCAAUAGUUCCAUCACGAUUCUGUCUAAUACUUCACUAUAAAAUAAUGUUUGUGUCCUUAUGCUACAUAUGUAGGUUUGGUAUAUCUGUAUAUGUAUGUACAUUAAAAAAUAACGCUGUUGAAUUAACACGCGCGGUGCCUAUAUGAAUCUACCGCCUUCGUGUUAAAUCUUAAACCGCACGGUGUUAAUACUGACACCAAGGGAAUGUGAUGUGAAUGCAAUGUGAAGUUGGCGUUUCCUUUUUUCGUCCAGCCUUUAAUUUUGUAGCCGAAAAUAGCCAACACCUGACUGCUAAACUAACAGUUUGACAAUCCCUCCCGCCAAAUUCAUGAGACAUUGUGAGAUGCCGUCCUCAAAUGUUCCAACCACCUCAAAUUCAAACAUGCUGGGCUUCCCGCCCAUUUCUGAGGGCAACGUGAGACUCGCACUGAUUCAACUCUGAUCCUGUCAAUUAAGUAUUUAAGUUAAACCGGAAGUGUCUUAAUAAGUAUAGCUUCAUCCUAGCCAAGCAAAGAUGAAACAACAACUAAACCUUAAC